GUAGCCUUGCAACUCCGAUGCGGCUGCUCAAUGCAAAGACGCCAUAAGCAAGACGAAUGCACAAGGAUACCGUCCCUCAGGAAGAAACCGACGCUUUCCGGGACGCGGGCGCAGCCAGAAGCGCGUCAGAAGAAGUACGCCUCCACAGUACCGGAAGAGGAUUCUCUCGCCGCGCCCACAGUGAAAGAGGCCCCGAUAGCUGCGUCGGCUCAUCGGAAUCUCGCAGACCUCUAGAAGAACAUCUCCUUAUGUGUCUCCUCACACGGCUUAUGUGUACCCUCACGCGCUCUAUGAGUUUUCUCAUUGUCCGCACGAGCUUUCAAUGAGCGCCAGGCGCAAACUGUGAGGAACGCGCUCCUCGAACUCCGGUGGUUACCCUCUUUUGGGACGUACCUAUCGCUGCGGGGAGCGGGUCUCUGGUCUUGUGGCCAGGUAGGAUGUUCUCAAUCUCCCGUGUUUACGCUUAU